GGCGGCAGCAGCAGCAGCCAGUGGGGGCUGCCUCCCUCGCCCGCUCGCCCGGCAGCCGCCUCCCCCCGCCCCGGCCGGCGCUGAGGGAAGGAGGGAGCGCCUCGCCGUGCUGUGCCGUGCCGCCCGCCUCGCCUCGCCCCUCGCCGCCGCCGCCAUGCUGCCCGGGGUGGGGGUGUUCGGCACCGGCCUGACGGCGCGGGUGAUCGUGCCGCUGCUGAAGGCGGAGGGCUUCGCCGUGAAGGCGCUGUGGGGCCGCACGCCCGAGGAGGCGGAGGAGCUGGCCAAGGAGAUGAGCGUCCCCUUCUACACCAGCCGCAUCGACGAGGUGCUGCUGCACCAGGACGUCGACUUGGUCUGCGUCAACUUGCCGCCGCCGCUCACCCGGCAGGUCGCCGUCAAGACCCUGGGGACCAACUUUUCUUUUCACACAAACCUUUCUUUGGGCAUUGGAAAGAAUGUCAUCUGUGACCGAACGGCGACUCCCCUGGAUGCCUUUAGGAUGAUGACCGCGGCUCAUUAUUACCCAAAACUCAUGAGCAUCAUGGGGAACGUUUUGCGCUUCCUGCCCGCUUUCGUGAAGAUGAAGCAGCUGAUCCAGGAGGGUUACGUAGGGGAGCUGCUGGUGUGUGAGGUGCAGGUUCACAGCGGAAGCCUACUAGGCAAAAAGUACAACUGGAGCUGCGAUGACCUGAUGGGAGGUGGGGGCUUGCACUCAGUUGGCACCUACAUCAUUGACCUCCUGACCUUCCUCACCAGCCAGAAGGCCGUGAAAGUGCACGGGUUGCUCAAGACCUUUGUGAAGCAGACGGACCACAUCAAGGGGAUACGGCAGAUCACCAGCGACGACUUCUGUACGUUUCAGAUGGUCCUGGAAGGUGGCGUGUGCUGCACGGUGACGCUCAACUUCAACGUCCCGGGGGAGUUCAAACAAGACAUUAUUGUGGUGGGUUCGGCAGGACGGCUGAUUGUAAUAGGCACUGAUCUCUAUGGACAGAGCAACAGCUCUCCUCAGCGGGAGCUCCUGCUAAAGGACUCCACGCCAGUCAGCAACUCCUUACUUCCAGAGAAGGCCUUCAGUGACAUCCCAUCCCCCUACCUCCGGGGCACCAUUAAGAUGGUUCAAGCUGUCCGGCAGGCAUUUGAGGACCAGGACGACAGGAGGACCUGGGACGGGAGGCCCCUUACAAUGGCUGCCACUUUUGAUGACUGUCUGUAUGCCCUGUGUGUGGUGGACACCAUUAAAAAGUCAAACCAGUUGGGGGAGUGGCAGAACAUUUCAAUCAUGACCGAGGAGCCAGAACUGAGCCCAGCAUACUUAAUCAGCGAAGCCAUGCGGAAGAGCAGGAUGUCUCUGUACUGCUAGCUCCUCUCAGCUCAUAGGAAAGAAUAGGAACCAGACAGCUCUUGAAGGGCCUGGGUACCUUAGAAACAGCUGAGGAUACAGGAGAAAGAAAUACGGUGUUUGGAUCAACUAAAUCUGUUGGUGGCUAAAUGCCAAAGUGAUAAGGUCCUUAGAAAUGCCCAAAACAGAUAGGAGACUUAAGAGCUGACAUAACUGUUUUAAUAACAGUAUUAGCUGGCUGAUUGGAAAGAUACAUCAUGGACUCAUCUCCUGCUUGCAGGUGCUUUAGAUUAUCCAAUUGUGUUUACUGUGAAAGGUUGGGAAGAUCCUUUUAGAUUUUCCUUACCUACCAGAGGGCUGUGAAGGUACUGUCAUGUCGUUAAAUUUUCUGUAGUGUCUGACGUGAGUGGUUCCUACCAUGACAGCUGACACCACCAUGCUGUAGUACUACACCUCUAACCAACACACAGAAUAAUAGGACUUGGUGUGAAAGUGUCGCGUGAUAUGGAAAAAUCUCGGCAGCUCACUUCAUAUAGCUUGUUAGGAGCUUCUCUGUGUUGGUUUAGCUAGUUGUUUUGUGUUUUGUUUUGUUUUGUUUUAAAGCACAACUAAGUAGGAAAAUGUGUGGCUUUUAAAACAAAGCAGUCCUCAACCACAGUGCAUAUGCCCUAGUAUUGGGGGAGGGAGGGUCUUCUGUGAGCUCCUGGUGAGCUUCAGUGUUAACUGCACAGAUUUGCUGAUUAAAAUGGGUUGUGCAAAACCUUCAUGGAUGGCACGUGGCAUGACACAGUAGCGAUCGUGGGUUUUAUUAUACAGCUGAACUCAGGCUAGUCUUAUGAAGGUUUACACACAAUUUCCUGUGUCUGGGACUGACUUUUGAGUGAAUUCAUUGUGCAUUUUGGUUUUAGGUGGAAAACAGUAGAAAUCCAACCCGAAACCGUAUGAUGCUUAGACAGGCAGUGUUCUUUUAAACCUUUGGGAACUCACACUUGAGAGAUGCACACCAACAAUUAAUUUCAUAUAGCUCAAUGCAGAAGCUUUCACCUCCAUCAAGUGGUGAGUGUGAGUGAAAAACAAAAGGGAUGAGAAAAUCUCCCGUCCAUUUCCAGGGGAAAAAAUUACAUAAGACCCCCACCUCUUCACCUCCUUAAAGUGGCCAGCUACUGGUACUGUAGUAAUCAUUCCCUGUCAU